AUGCCACAGACGUUUCUGGUGGUGCAAUGGCAGUGUAAGCUCUGCGGCGAAAAGCAGUCGUUGCAGCGCGUGUAUGCAAGGAGCCACAGCGCCAAGGACUGCCGCCUGGUGGUGCAGCACUACAAUGCGGCCCGCGGCGACAUUCUGGAGGACGAGGAUGCAGAACGUGCGCAAGCCGCAGCGUAUGGCUCAGCUGAGGCAGCCGGGGGCGGCAACGGAGACUCGGGCGGCGAGCAGUGCUUGCCACAGCAGCAGCGCUGGCAGGCGUUCAAGGAUGAGGGGGACGAGGAUGAGGGCUGGACGAUUGCUGUGCCACAGCGUGCUGCUGCUGUCAAGCUCAAGUGCAGUGGCGGCCAGGCAGGCGGUGGCAGCAAGCGCCGUAGGGAGCAGCAGGACCAGGCGUGGGGUGCCUGGGCGGAUGCCGCUGACGACUGGUAG